ACUUAUGCUGCCUGUCACAACAGACACAUGGCAAUGAUGGAAACACAGGUCAAAAUAUGGACAUUUUUAAAGGUCAUUAUUAGCAGCUUGCUCAUUGCAACUUUGGUGUUAUUCACUGCGGCGACUAUCAGGACUCUUUCUCUGGACGUAAAUGUCGGAUUACAACUCGCACACUGGGAAAAGUCGAAAAACAUUUCACUGGUGAUUGACCAGCAUCACAGAGAGCAGCUGCUGGGCAACUUUAAAGAAGCGCUGAGAAUCCCCACCGUGUCUUUCUCUGAGACGGAGAUCAACGUCACAGCGCUGCGGCAGUUUGACACUUUCCUCCGUAAAGCCUUCCCCACAGUUUUCUCUUCAAGCGUGGUUCAUCAUGAGCUGGUGGCUAAUUACAGCCACCUGUUUCAGGUGCAGGGAUCUCAGCCUCACUUGGUACCGUACCUGCUGCUGGCUCACAUUGAUGUAGUACCUGCCAAAGAGUCAGAAGGCUGGGAGGCCCCUCCCUUUUCUGCCGAAGAGAUAGACGACUUCAUCUAUGGCAGAGGGACCAUAGAUGAUAAGUGUGCUGUAAUGGGAAUUCUUCAAGCAUUGGAAUACUUGCUGAUUAGGGGCUACGCUCCACGCAGGGGGUUUUACAUCGGUUUGGGUCACGACGAAGAAGUGAGGGGUUUCCAUGGAGCGAAGAACAUUGUUCGUGUGAUGAAGGAACGUGGCGUGAAGCUGUUGUUUGUCCUUGAUGAAGGCCUGGCUAUACUUGACGGAGUCAUCAGUGGACUUGAUGAACCUGCAGCUCUAAUUGGGGUUAGUGAAAAGGGCUCAGCCAAUGUGAAGCUUAGUGUGACUAUGGCACCUGGUCACUCAUCGAUGCCUCCCAGGGAGUCCAGCAUUGGGAUCUUAGCUGCAGCGGUUAAAAGACUUGAAGAAAAUCCCAUGCCCAGGUUAUUUGGCCAUGGUCCUGAACGUAAAACCUUUGAACAUCUGGCCCACAAGUUUGGGCUUCCUCUUAAGUUCGUAAUGUCAAACUUAUGGCUCUUCUCCCCGCUCCUUGGCAGAGUGUUAGAAAGAAAGCCAGACACAAAUGCUUUUGUAAGAACAACCACAGCAGUGACCAUGUUCAACGCAGGAGUUAAGAUGAACAUCAUUCCUUCCCUUGCUGAAGCUUAUGUAAAUCUGCGAAUCCACUCUGCGCAAACACUGCAAGAGGUCCUGGACUUAAUCCACGACACUGUGGGGGACCAGCGAGUGAAAAUAGAACUUAUUGAUGGCUUUGACCCACUUCCCGUCAGCUCCUCUGAUGAACGGUCGUUUGGGUUUCAAAUCAUAAAGAAAACAGUUUUGGACAUGUUCCCCACACUUACAGUAGCUCCAGGUAUUUGUAUUGGGAACACAGACAGUCGACAUUUCAAAGACCUCACCAAUGAUAUUUAUCGCUUUGCUCCAGUUUGGUUCAAACCAGGCGAUGCUCAAAGGUUCCAUGGUUUGAACGAAAGGAUUUCCAAAAAGAACUAUGAGGAGCUUGUCGUGUUUUAUUUUAAUCUUUUUCAAAAUUGUGACAUUCAAAAACUUCCUGAGCCGCACGCCUCUAUUCACGAACUCUAAGGAACGAUACUCAUUGGUGUUGGAAAGGCGGUGCAGUUUGAUAGUGAAUGUUAAGAAUACAAAUGACCUUGUUGCUGUGAAAUAAUUAUGAAUCAAGAAUGUCAAGAGGAAAAGAUAGAGAUUAUUCGGCAGAUUGCUGCCUUAGUCUAAAAAAAGAUUAUGAUUCUUUAGUUCACUGGAAGAACUAUUUCAUGAGCUGCUGUUAAUAGUGUCAUAAUUUACAUUGUAAUUUUUGUAUUAUGCACUGACAUGACAAGACUAUCAACAUAUCUCUUUUAAUGUGCUUGUGUUUUAUCAUGUGUUUUUUUUCAUUUAUCGAUAAAAUAAAUUGCAGUUAAAUAUCUUUUAAUUUACUACAAAGUGCUUCUGUUUUCCCCCCAAAUUAAAAGGUUAUUAAUUUGUUGUUGGAGUUGCGUUGUUCAGUUACAGCAAUCACUGUCUUUAGUGUUGUUUAUAAUGUUUAUAGGCUGCUUAAAAAUUAAAACCUAUUGGAAUGAGUUUUCUGAUGGCAAUUUGUGCCUUGAAAGUUCAACAGAGCUGUGCAAACAGACAUAUCGACAACCAAUAACUCAGGGAAGUUUUAUUUUCAAGUUUAGGACACUUUACUGUUGCAACAUCCAGAUAACAAUGUUUAGUGGAAGACCUUUGCCCUCAUGGUGGAGCAAGAGCACUACUUUUACACUUCUAUCUGUAGUUGCUGCACAUUUGGGCAAACUCCAUGCUCUAUUUGCAGAUUAAAAAAAACACUUUUAGAACAUGGUGCAUACACAUGUCACUGUUGAUGUUUUCUGUCAAAAUCUAUAAGCUUGUAGAGAUUUGUUGUUAUUGUUAUUAAGGUUAUGUUAUGUGUUGGAGAAAUUGUGAUAUUAUUAAUCAAUUAUUUGUUAUUCUCAUUGAUCUUUAUAAUGUAUCUUUAAUUGAUGCUUUCCUUAAAGUUAAUCUCAUUAUAGAAUUAAGAAUGUUUCUUGUAUUGUUGAUUUACUCUGAUUCCUUUCUCAGAAGGCCUCACUGACAGAGAGCAGAAACAAAAUCUUCCUGCAGGUUUACCUCUUGGUGAAGAGCUCUGCUUCGGUUGAGUUGCUGGCCUCCAAUAAAACCAUCAUUGCUAAGAUCACUACAUAUUUUAUUAAUCUUUGUGCCUGGAAGGACAUUAUCUAGUACAGAAUGAUUGUGUGUUAGUUAGUGAAUAACAUUUGACGCUGUAGCUGUUUGCCCCCUCCCUUUAGAGCUACAGCGUCCUUGUGAUUAGGGAUCCUAGAAACAAUAAAAUAGAGGAGCAGACAAAAUGUGCUUCAGAGCGGUAGGAGAUUGUAACUGAAGCACAUCUCUGUCCGUUCUCCUCGCGAGUGAAAAAGAA